AUGUCAGAGAAAGGGAGCGGGGGGCGCAUCCAGGUCGACAGGACGGAGAAAGAGUCGGUCGAGGACACGGUCCAGCAUGCACCGUAUGGGGGCGAUCGUGAGCUCCCUCCCCCACCGACGCUCACCGCAGAGCAGGAGAAGAAGUUGUGGCGCAAGAUUGACCUCCAACUCCUGCCCAUCCUCACGCUCAUGUACUUGUGCUCGUUCUUGGAUCGGGGAAACAUCGGAAACGCGAAGCUGCAGGGUCUGACGACGCAACUCGACCUCACGGGGAACGAGUACAACAUCGCAUUGACGAUGUACUUUAUUCCGUACUGUCUACUUGAAUCCCCAUCCAACUUGGUGCUCAAGAAGUUCCGUCCUUCGAGAUGGCUUCCCGGAAUCACGGUCGUUUGGGGUAUUAUCAUGACGCUCAUGGGUCUCGUUAAAAACUAUCCUCAACUCGUCGGCACUCGGGUAUGUUUGGGAGUGGCUGAGUCUGGCCUCUUUCCCGGCGUCGUAUACUAUCUUUCCCUGUGGUACCCUCGUCAUAUGCUGCAGUUUCGUGUUGGCAUGUUCUUCGGAGGCGCGACGGUUGCGGGUGCAUUCUCCGGGCUCUUGGCGUUUGGCAUCUCGUUCAUGUCCGGGACCGGGGGGCUGCUCGGAUGGUCGUGGAUUUUUAUUAUUGAGGGGCUUCUGACUGUCGUCGUCGGGCUCGUCGCCUUCUUCGUCGUUGUUGACUUCCCACAGACCGCCGAGUUCUUGACGCCGGAAGAGCGUGCAUGGGUUAUCCAUCGGAAGAAAUACGACAACUCCUCAGUUGGGGAGGAGGAGCACUUCGAGGUCCGCCACAUCUGGGAGACGCUUCUCGACUGGCAGGUGUGGAUCCAUAUCCCGAUUUACUGGUCUAUCGUCGCGCCGCUCUACGGGAUCUCUUUAUUCCUGCCCUUCGGAUUCAGCACAACAAUCUCUCAGCUCCUCACCGUCCCGCCUUACGUCGUCGCCACCGUCACCCUACUCGUCUGGUCAGUCUGGUCCGACCGGAUCAAGAAGCGAUACCCCUUCAUCCUCGCCGGGCUCGUCCUCUCCCUCGUCGGCUUGGUGAUCAACAUCGCCGACGUGAGCGUCGGCGCGAAGUACUUCGGCACCUUCCUCGUCGUUGCCGGCUCGUACGCGGGCUUCCCCGGGGUCGUCGCCUGGCUGGGGAACAACCUCGCGGGCCACUACAAGCGCGGGGUCGGGAUGGCGCUCCACUUCGGGAUCGGCACCCUCAGCGGCGCGGUCGCGAGCAACAUCUACCGCACGCAGGACGCGCCGCGCUACAUCCUCGGUCACGGGAUCGCGCUCAUGUUCGUCGGCAUCGGGUUCAUCGCGCUCCCGAUCGCGGUAGUUUCGUACAAGCGCAUCAACGCGCGCCGCGAGGCGGCGAUGAGGGAGGCGGACGAGCGCGGGGUCAAGUACACGCCGGAGGAGCUGCGGAGGAUGGGCGACCGCGCGCCGGACUUCCGGUACACGCUUUAA